AUGGGAUCUUGCUUGGCUGCCAUUUUAGCUAAUAAUUACAUGUCAAGAAUGGAGGAACACUUCAUGGAAGAGGUAAGAUUGACACCCAAACUGUUAGUUAUAUGCAUGCCAUAUAGCAGAAUGAGUCACUGUGUCGCCCUGUGCCAGACGGCCGAAUUGGCCGCGGCCAACAUGCCGGAUCUUUGGCGUGCAGAGGCGUUGCGCAGCUUGGCCGGUCAGCUGGGCGAGUUGAGCAGCCAGAUCGUGUUGGCCGGCCGAUCGGUGUUCGCGCUGGCCCACGGAGCCGAGCUCGACCAGUUCCAGACGCUGGGCGGCUCGUCGGACGGAUUCAGCGCCACGUCUCACCACGCCAAAGCGGCGCUGCAUCAUUUCGAGCUGAUGCGCAACCAUUGGGCCGACAGUGCGGAGCGUAUGCGAGCUCUGGUCGACGAGGUUAUCGACUCUGGCGCAUUCAUCACGGCACAAGGUGAACCCUUUGUCGCUUUUUUGCGCUUGCAUGUUGCUCGGCGGCAAGAUCCGGCCUCCAGGUGCUCACGAUCAUGCCACUAG